GCCGGCCCUUAAUUAACCUUCUUGUCCUUAAGCAUAUAACAGUUGAUGACAUGGAUAAGAAAAGUACUUCAACUUCAAAUCCAGACACAGAAAUGAAACCUGAACAACUGCCUCCUUGUGUGAACCCUGGCAAUCCCGUGUUUUCAUGUAUGUUGGACCCAAAGACACUCCAUACAGCUACCUCACUAUCAAAACCUCAGAUGAUUAUGUAUAAAACCAAUUCAAGUCAUUAUGGUGAAUUUUUACCUAUGCCGCAGUUUUUUCCCUGCAAUUAUACUCCAAAAGAGCAAGUAUUUUCAAGCCAUAUCAGAGCAACUGGACUUCAUCAAAAUAACACUCUAAAUACUGCACCUGACAGAAACAGAACCCUUGAUUUUCCUAAUUUUCAACACACUCUAUGAAAAUAUAUUCCUUUGUAUAUUUAAGAGGAAGUAUACUCAGGAAAAAUAAGUUUUAAAA